CCAUUCACGCCGGUGACGGGAUCCCCACAAUUCCCCAAUCAAAUCCUUCCACCUCACUCUCGCUCCUCCACGUGUCCCCUCUUCUAUGCUCCUUCACCGACGGCGUCACUUGCCCCCACUUUCCCUCCCGUCAACCGAUAAAAAAAACAAAAGAACUAGUAAGACUCCCAAAACCAAAAACAAAAAUCCCUAAGUCUCUCGCUCGUCGAAACCCUAAUUAUCCUUUCCUCUUUUUUUUUUUCAAAUUAUCGAAUUUUCUGGAUCUCGAUGGAGGAAGACGAAGAGAUCCAAUCGCACCCGUCGGCCGGCGCAGCCGGAUCUCCAUCUCCGUCGUCACCGUCACGGCCGUCCAACGGUCGCAUAACCGUAACGGUAGCCGCCGCGCCUCCUUCCGAAGCAUCACCUCCACAAGAGCCGCAUCAACAGGAAAACGCGCUUGCGCUGGCGCUUUUGCCGCCACAGCAGCAGCCUUCGCAGCCGAAGAACAACGGCGGCGGCGGUGGAGGCGGAAGAGAAGAUUGCUGGAGCGAAGGCGCAACGGCGGUUUUAAUCGACGCGUGGGGGGAGAGGUAUUUGGAGCUGAGCCGUGGGAACUUAAAGCAGAAGCAUUGGAAAGAAGUGGCGGAUAUCGUGAGUGGCAGAGAGGACUACACGAAGACUCCGAAAACGGAUAUUCAGUGUAAGAAUCGAAUCGAUACGGUUAAGAAGAAGUAUAAGUUGGAGAAAGCUAAGAUUGCAGGUGGAGGUGGGCCGAGUAAGUGGGUCUUUUUCGAUAAAUUGGAUCAACUUAUAGGACCCACGGCGAAGAUUGCUGUUCAUACUUCGGCCGUGGGUGGCGGUGGUGGUGGAAGUACUGGGUUGUUGUCUAAGGUACCCAUGGGGAUUCCGGUUGGAAUCCGGUCCAGUUUGAAUCCAUUUCGAAAUUCUCAGCUUCAAGAGAGGCAACAACAACAAAAGCAACCUAGGAUGGUUGUACAAAAGAAUCAGAACAAGAUGCAGCUUAGGAAACGGGGUCCGGUGGAUAGCGAUUCGGAGGAGGAAGAGGAGGAGGAGGAGGAGGAGGAAGCGGAUUCGUUGGAUAGUUUACCGCCACCUCCAACGGGGAAGAGAGCGAGGAGGAUGGUUCAUAAGGGUGUAAAUUCAGGGGGAAAAGGAAGGAAGUGGGGGAAUUCGGUUAGGGAAUUGACUCAGGCGAUAUUGAGGUUCGGCGAAGCGUAUGAGCAGGCGGAGAGUGCGAAGCUGCAACAGGUGGUGGAGAUGGAGAAGCAGAGGAUGAAGUUUGCAAAGGAGCUGGAGUUGCAGAGGAUGCAGUUUUUUAUGAAGACCCAGCUGGAGAUUUCGCAGUUGAAGCAUGGGAGAAAAGCAGGUGGAAUUGGGAAUUCUAGUAAUCAUCACAGUAACAUUAACAAUAAUAAUAAUAAUAAUAGCAACAAUAACCAUAGCGAUAGUAGUAACUAAAUUCUGUAGGUUUGGCAUUGGAUUAGGGGUUAGAUUUAUGUGUUUUCUUGGGUAAAGACCCUAGAUUUGUAUUGGAAUUGGUAGUUUUGGAGUGUAUUUUGCUGCUUUCUUUGUUGUACUUAAUUUAUCACAUUUUAACUUGAAGCAAUGUUAAGGUAGUGACCAGAUGCUCAGUUAGAUUGUACACAAAGAAAUUCCUCUUUAGUUCAUUGUGAAUGUCGUUGGAUAUUGUCAAAUCAAAUAUGUUGAUGGUUUCA